AUGGACAAGACAAAAAGAGAAGCUGUUGAUUUCAUGAACGUGGAGACCUUCUCUCAGCUAAUUCCCUUUAUCCGACCACCACCACCACCUGUUAAAGAAAAGCCCAUUCGGCUUUUCGGCAAAGAACUUGAAGGUGGUCGUAAUGCUACGACCACGACUGACAUGUCUGAAUCCAUUGACAGCAACCCUUUUCAUGACGAACCUGAAAUAAUUACUGCGAAUCCUGUGAACUAUGCUUAUAAAGAAAGUCAUAUCGGCAACAAUGAGGAGAGUAACAAGAAAUAUGAAUGUCAAUAUUGUUUUAGGAACUUCCCAACUUCUCAAGCCUUAGGAGGCCAUCAAAAUGCACACAAGAGAGAACGCCAGAAUGCCAAACGAGCUCAUCUUCAGUCUGCCUUAGCACAUGAGGCAAACAUAUAUGGGAUAAUGAACCAUCAUCGCCUUGGUGAACCAGCAGCUCCUAGUACUACUCGUUAUUCAACAUGGAACAACAUUAACAAUAGUACGAGGUCUUAUGGAAACCAUCAUGUUAUUAGUCCUUAUUCUCAAACUCCUAUAAACAGAAAUCCAUUGGCAUUUUGGCGGAUUUCUCCAGCAGUUCAUCAGAAUUUUUCUUCUAACUUAGUGUUUCCUAAUGAUGAUUUGAAACCUUUUCCAACGGUUAAAAGCCCUAAUUGUGAUAGCACAUUUGGAUAUGAACCCAAGGGAGGAGUUCAAGAUCAUUUAAGUUUAGAUUUGCACUUGUAA